AUGGAGAAUGAUAUGCAGAAGCAACCGCAUAAUAACCUUGGUGGGGAUGGAUCAUUCACACUAGUCGGUCAUGCAAAUUUCACAAGAACAAAUCCAAGAUCCGACAGAUUUCAAGUCAAAAAGUUCCAUCAUGUCGAGUUUUGGUGCAGUGACGCAACCAAUGCGGCUAAAAGAUUUUCAUACGGACUUGGUAUACCAAUUAUAGAAAAAUCUGACCUUUCCACGGGAAAUAUGGCACAUGCUUCGUAUCUUCUCCAUUCUGGUGACCUUAAGAUCCUAUUUACAGCUCCUUACUCUCCUUCGGUAGAUGAAAUACUAAGGCACGCUACUAGCAGCACUGCCUCCAUCCCUACUUUUAAUCAUUCCACUGCUCAUUGGUUUUCCACUUCACAUGGUCUUGGUGUUCGAGCAAUCGCUGUAGAAGUCGACAAUGCAGAGUCUGCAUUCAAUAUCAGUGUUUUGUAUGGUGCCAGACCAUCACAUCCUCCUAUGGAAAUUAAUGAUGGUACAAUCAUCUCAGAAAUUCAACUUUAUGGCGAUGUUGUACUGCGUUAUAUUAGCUUCAAUAGUUCAAAUCCUGGUCUCAAUUUUUUGCCAGGCUUUAAAGGCAUAAAUGAUGAGGAACCACUGGCUUCAAAAUAUCUAGAGGAUUUUGGGAUACGUCGCUUGGAUCAUGUGGCAGGGAAUGUUUUCAAUAUCGCAGACGUUAUUAAUUAUGUGAAAAUGUUUUCUGGGUUUCAUGAGUUUCCUCAGUUUGCCAAGGAUGACCUAACAGGACAAGCUGAGAGCGGUUUGAAUACAGGAGUACUGGCGAAUAAUGGAGAAUCAGUAUUGCUAAGUAUAUCAGAACCGGUUUAUGGUACUGAGACAAAGAGUCAAAUUCAGACGUAUCUUGAACACAACCAAGGUGAAGGAGUAGGGCAUAUGGCAUUUGCUAGUGAAGAUAUAUUUGCGACAUUAAAAGAAAUGAGAAAAAGAAGUUGUUACGGAUUUGAAUUCAUGCCACCACCCCCACCGACUUACUACAAAAAUUUGAAGCAUAGAAUUGGAGAUAAUGUUUUGAAAGAUGAGCAGAUAAAGGAGUGUGAAGAGUUUGGGAUUUUGGUAGAUAAAGAUGAUCAAGGUGUUCUACUUCAAAUCUUCAUCAAGCCUGUGGGCGAUAGGCCAACAAUACUGCUAGAGAUAAUACAACGAAUUGGGUGCAUGGUGCAAGAUGAAGACGGUAAUAUUAUUCAGAAAGGAGGAUGUGGGGGAUUCGGGAAAGGAAACAUCUCAGCUCUUUUUAAAUCUGUCGAAGAAUACGAGAAGAAGGACAUUUAUCUCAACUCACAAUAA